AAGCGCUCUCCUUGUCCUCCUCCUGUCACUCAUUUCUCUACCUACAAUGGCCAGCAUAUCGUCUCAGCUGAUCCUACACCCUACGGUCUCCCAAAGUAUCAAGCUCGGAAGUACUACUAUCGGCCGAGACAAAUUGUACAGGGCCGUCCAAUACUUCUCCAGGUUUCUGGCAUGGUUUCUGCUAGCGAGAGGACACAAGGAUCAGGCAGCGAGAUGGAAUGCCCUGAAAUCCCAUUUAGCGUUGGCACGCAAGCUAUUGCGCUUAGGCAAGCCCAUGGAGCAUCUUCAAGCGGCUCUCCGGGCGGUACAGGCCUACUCUGCGGCAGAGACCGGGGAGCAGAUAACUACCAUCGGCCGACAGCUGGCUUACUUCGGUUAUCUCACGUACGACACCGUCGUUUGGGCCAACGCAGUCAAAUUCAUCAAUUUGAAGCCCGACACCGCUCAGAAGGUCAAUAAGACCUCCAACCGCUUCUGGCUGGCAGGCAUUCUCUUGAGCAUCACCCACGGUCUUCUCAAGGCUGGCCGUCUAGCGAACGAAGCGAAGAAACUCCGAUCGAGGUCGGGCGAAAAGGACGUCGGAGCAGAAGCGGACCGUGAGAUGAGGCAGCGUACUCUCGACAUGGCUCGGUCAGUAACGCGUCACCAGUUCAUAAUCGACAUUCUCGAUGUCUGGAUACCCGCCGCGAACCUCGGCUUAGUCAAUCUCAACGACGGCGUGCUUGGUAUCUUUGGCUUCAUCACUUCCGUCAUGGCCCUCCGUCAGCAAUGGCACAUUGCUGGAAACAAGUGAACGCCCUCUUCUAUAUUUCCUGCUCCCGCUAUUCCUUGCAGUUUUAUAUACAUUUCGAAUGUACCAUCUCGGAUAAGUUAUAGGAGUCCUUGACCUCGCUAACUGGUCUUAAUGGAUAAUGGCUUGUGCUUUACGAUU